AAAACGUAUGUAAAUACAAUAAUCAACUAUCAUACAAUUUAAUACUUUAAACGUAAGAACUAAAUGUACAGUAUUAUGUUAACAGUGGCUUGGUAACAUGACGUAUAAGGUGGACAGCAAGGAUGCCAGCGAUAUAGCGAUUAUACCACAGUUCUACGCGGGUAGAGAAGUUUUCAUCACUGGAGCCACUGGAUUGAUAGGCAAACUUCUGGUGGAACGAUUGUUGUCCACAUGCCCUGACAUCAGACGACUAUAUCUCUUGGUGAGGAUGAAGAGAGGCGAAUCACCGGAGACUAGACUCAACAAUCUCAGAGAUUGCUCAGUGUUCGAAGUUUUACGUAAAAAUAAUCCAGACCAGCUGAAAAAACUAAGUUUUAUACCCGGCGAUAUUAUGAAAUUCGAUCUUGGACUCACCGAUAAAACCAUAGCGGAUCUGCAUAAUGUAUCGGUGGUGUUCCACUUGGCUGCAACAGUCAAUAUGAAUAUGCAACUAGAUGUGGCGGUGAAGAUCAACACUAUAGCCACCAUUUCUUUGUUGGAUAUUUGUGACCGGUUACCGAAGAUGGCGGGCUUCAUUCACGUGUCCACUGGGUAUUGCGCUGCGGAGCGCACUCUGGUAGAGGAGAUCGUCUACCCACUCCCGCGCCCACUAGAAGUCAUGAUCGAGGAAUCGAUCAACAGCGAACAAAUGACGCAGGCUGAAGUCAAGAGGUAAUUGGAUAAAGACAAAUUAAUGUAAGAUUCUCUAAAAUAGUACAUUGACUUAACCGAUUAAAAAAUGAGACAAACAAUUCAAAAGAGUCUUAUAAACAUUAAAGCCGUCCGACCUUUUUAAAUUAAUUUAUAGACUUGCUUAAACGUCUCCUCU